CGCGUCUACUCGCCGGCCACAAGGUCAAGAGCGAGCGUCGGAGUCAUUGCUCCUCGCGUCCGUACCAUCGUGUAGUGCCUGGUGUGCCGUCCACGUAAUAAGAUGCAGAAACACCUUCUAUUAGCGUUGCUGGUAUGCGCCGCCGCGCGGGCGCUCGACAGCGGCGACAACAAAUUCAUAAAAGAAUAUGCUUUGCUAAAGAUUUACGAAAGUUGUUUUGGCGCCACCUUGCUGCAGCAAAUAGCCAAAGAAUUAAGCGACGCGUACGUAAAGUGUUCGGCAACGCCAUCUAUGCCCGAACCUCCAAAACCACCAAUGCAACCAAUGUUCUUAGAUAGACUGCCACCCGGCUUCCCAAUGGACUUGAACACGCAAAGCUUAAACAAACCGAUAGAUGGCGCUAUAGGAAAUCAAGAAAAUGACAAUACAAAACAAGACCAGCCAGUAAAACCCCUAGGAGGAGUGUUGGCAUUCAGGCCACCAGGUAAUCAGUUCCCUCAGCCCGGCAUCUCUCCGUUCAUGAUGCCUACUACGCCUCAGUUCCGUUUCUACGGGCCGACAGCGCCUAUCUACCAGUUCCCGUACUCUGGUUACGUGCCGCAAGUGCCGUAUAAUCCUUACUACCCACCAUACCAGCAAGUUUACCAGCAGCCAUAUUUCGGGUCCAGCAGGAUGUCGCGUCAGAUGGGCUUCCGCGGUCGCAUAGGGUUCAAACUGCCGCGUGGUCCCAACGGAUACAACGUGACCUGCGUCAUGCGAGAGAUUGACUACAUCGACCAGAACUACGAGCCGAACUACGAGAGCAUCAGGCAACGCGUCAAUCGACUACCAGUCUCCGAUGACCUCAAGUCCAACAUUCAGGACGGCCUUCAGUUCUGUCAGAAAUUCUCCCAAUGCAUACCAGAGGAAAACCGCGGCAUGAAACCCCACACUCAAGAUCAGAUCAGGUCUAGCUUCUUCUUUCGCUGCUAUAAGCACAAGAAACUCGAAGCGUGUAUCAUGAAGGAUAUAGCCGAACACUUCCCCAAGGAUUACCCGUUUGAUCCUGAUACAUCAGAUUUUGCAAAACAUUCCCGCUCAAGCCGUUCGAUCCGCGACACGCCGCUCCGGGACCCCAGCAUGGAGGCCCUGGAGGAGAUGGAGGUGUACCUCUACGACUACCUCAGCGGUGGAGGCGCCUUUGACUUCGACCUAUACAUUUAGAAGACUGUAUUAGUUUUAGGAUUUUCAUUCAGUCAAUAUAGUUAUUAUGAUUAUAAGGCGUGAUCUAUAAAGUCAACUACAAUAAGUUUAAAUACGAGAUAAAUAAUCGAUUUUAAUUUAUGCAACAUUUUCAUGAAAAUCCUUUUUCGGAUUUAGACUUAGCUGAAGUUGACUUUAUGGAUGCCAGCCUUAGUUUGCAGUUAAAAACGUCUUGCACAAUUCUAUGGUAUCGCCCGGAUCAUCGUAUCUGCAAUUUGAAAUGAACACAAUUUCAAUCAUAAUGCAUCUCAAAAUGCUCUCUCCGUCCCAUAUAAGAAGGCUAUACGAGAAAUCAUCGAUGAACAGAAUCACAAUUUGUUUUCCCAUUCAACAUUUAAAAUACUCUAUUCAUUUAGCUUUCAUUUGACUUAAAACUUAGUCACAUAUUGUUCCUUGCCAUCUCACUGAUUUUCAUAUAACUUUAGAUAGCUCAUAGUAUAGUUUUAACCAAGAU